AUGGAUAGUUUUCUCUCCCAACCUACGGAUCAUAAUCACGCACCUAAUCCUGAACGCAUUCCAGUUAUCGAACUGAAUAAUAAAAUCAAAGCCAGAGCCGUCAUAUCCGAAGAAUCAGCAAGUACCAUCCUGCAUUCAUCCUUACGAACGUUUCCGCUGAGCGCAGCUAGUGAACUACCUCGUACUGAAAUGCUCAUGCAAACGAUUCGAAGACAACGCCAGACACCAAUAACAACAUCUACUGAUCAAUUGUCUGGCGAUUUGAGAAAAACUUAUCGUGGUGAAGAAUUUCUCUUGCAUGAAGAAGAGCACAUGAUUAUUUUCACCACGAAAAGUAAUUUAACAGCGCUGAAGCAAUCAAAACAUUGGUUUGCUGAUGGAACGUUUAAAGUAUGUCCUAAUGACUUCUAUCAGCUAUUUACACUUCAUGCGCUGAUGACGUCAGCAAUCAUCCCCCUUGUGUAUGGUCUCUUGAUUGGAAAAAGCUCGAACGACUACAGCGGCUUUUUCAAAAAAGUGCUGGAUCAGGACGACUUUCGACCUGAAACAAUCCUGAGUGACUUCGAGUCUGGUACAAUCAAGACCAUUAAAGAAAUGUUGCCAAACACUACUCACAAAGGUUGUCUCUUUCACUUUGGUCAAUGUGUUUGGCGCCAAGUUCAAAGCAAGGGGGUAUCAACGAAAUAUCAGGAAGAUGAAAAUUUUCGACUAAACGUCAAAAUGUUAAUUGGUCUGGCUUUUCUUCCUCUGUCGGAUGUGAUUACUGGCUUUGAUCUUGUAGCAGGUGAAUUCAACGACGAUGACGCUGAUGACCUCCUUGAUUAUUUUGAGAGAACAUGGAUUGGUGAACCAAAAAGAAGAGGGGUGGGUCGUAAAAAGCCUCAAUUCGACAUUCCAUUAUGGAACGUUUACGAUCGCGUCAUGGCUAAUUUACCUCGGUCCAACAACUCUGUUGAAGGAUGGCACAAUGCUUUCGCAAAUCGCGUUACCGUCGCUCAUCCAACAAUACAGAAACUGGCCGAGAAAAUUCGUUGUGAACAAUCGAAGUUUGAGGUCGAUAUUGCUCACCUUCUUCAAGGUCAUCAGCCGAAGUCGAAGAAAACCUGCCACAGAAAGCUCGAUGAAAGAAUUGCACGCUUGGUUCGUGAUUAUGAUCCUUUGCGAAUCUCUCAAUAUCUGAAAAGUAUUGCUGUUAAUGUUUCUUUGUAA